AUUGAUUUGACUAGUUUUGAGGUGAAUUUCGCGAGAUAAAUCGGCGUAGGAAUACAAGAAUCAUCCGGUGGCCAUCUUGGCGCGUCUCAAACAAAGCCCCCUCUCAGCAGAACGGAGUGUGCUGUGGUCGGUCGUGUAUUGUGCGUAUUUUCAUCGCUGAAAAACCGCAAAUUUUCAAUGAAAAACACUGAAAAAGUGACCGAAAUCACGCGAAGAAUGUGUCUCACGUAGUGGUGCGUGUGUGUAGUGGAGUGACCCAUGUGGGAAUUUACACGAAAAUGUGGAUUACCAACUGGAAGGAUUACGAUUUACGGAUUAUUGUGUUCUCCUUUAUAUUCCUGGGCGUCGUGCAUGUAGCAACAGCUUUCGUUUCCUGUUCCCCUAGUCCAUGCAAAAACGGAGGGACGUGUGUAUCGUCACUGAAAGGCGAUUCCUAUUGCAAUUGUACAUCGAAAUACGUGGGCGAAUACUGCCAACAUCUCAACCCUUGUCAUACCGGUCCAGGUCCACGAUGCCAAAACGGCGGUUCGUGUACAGUGCGAAUUUCCGCCGGUGGUUCACCGAGUUUUACAUGUGCUUGUCCAUUGGGAUUUAGUGCUUCGUUAUGUGAAAUACCAAUUGCAAAUUCGUGCGAUAAAAAACCAUGUUUGAAUGGGGGUACUUGUUCGCUCAGAUCCUUGAAAGCCUAUCAGUGCUCCUGUGCCCCAGGAUAUACAGGAAAACACUGCGAGAAGGAAGACCAUUGCGCCUCGCAGCCUUGCAGGAACGGCGCCAAAUGCACAUCAGUGGGCGAUUCGUUCGAAUGCACGUGCGCUCCGGGAUUCACCGGUCCUGCAUGCAAGGACGACAAGGACGAAUGCCGUCAUAAGCCGUGCGUUCAUGGCAAAUGUCAUAAUACGCACGGUAGUUAUACGUGUACCUGUGACGAAGGCUAUACGGGACAAAACUGCGAAAGCGAGUACAUACCAUGUGACCCCAGUCCGUGCCUGAACGGCGGACAAUGUCGCCAACGUGACAAACAUACAUAUACCUGUGAUUGUCCUACAGGUUUUCGCGGUACCAACUGCGAAGAGAACAUUGAUGAUUGUCCUGGUCAUCAAUGUCGAAACGGUGCCACGUGUAUCGAUGGUAUCAAUUCAUACACGUGCCAAUGUCCGGCGACAUACACGGGCCGUUUUUGCACACAAGACGUCGAUGAGUGUUCUUUGAGACCAUCAGUGUGCCAAAACGGUGCCACGUGUACGAAUAGUAUUGGUGGUUUUUCGUGUAUUUGUGUCAAUGGAUGGACUGGUCCUGAUUGUUCUGUCAAUAUCGAUGAUUGUGCAGGAGCGGCAUGUUUCAAUGGUGCCACUUGUAUUGACAGAGUUGGGAGUUUUUAUUGUAGGUGUACGCCGGGGAAAACUGGUUUGUUGUGUCAUCUGGAUGAUGCAUGUACAAGUAAUCCGUGUCAUGCUGAUGCGAUUUGUGAUACAAGUCCGAUAAAUGGGUCGUAUACUUGUAGUUGUGCCUCGGGAUAUAAGGGAAUCGAUUGUUCCGAGGAUAUAGACGAGUGCGAACAAGGUUCACCAUGCGAACACGACGGAAUUUGCGUCAACACCCCCGGCAGUUUCGCAUGCAAUUGCACGCGAGGCUUCACUGGACCCCGUUGCGAGACUAACGUAAACGAAUGCGAAUCGCAUCCAUGUCACAAUGAUGGCUCCUGUUUGGAUGAUCCUGGAACGUUUCGAUGCGUUUGUAUGCCAGGUUUUACGGGCACACAAUGCGAGAUCGACAUCGAUGAAUGCAAAGAUCAGCCUUGCCUCAAUGGUGGCGUCUGUCACGAUCUCAUCAAUUCGUUUAAAUGCAGUUGUGCGAUCGGUUUCACCGGUUCACGUUGUCAAAUCAAUAUCGAUGAUUGUGUUUCAUCGCCAUGUCGUAAUGGUGGUACUUGUCAUGAUUCAAUUGCCGGUUAUACAUGUGAAUGUCCACCCGGUUUCACCGGUUUAUCAUGCGAGACAAAUAUUAAUGAUUGUCAAUCGUCACCAUGUCAACACGGUGAAUGUCUCGAUGGUGAAAACUCGUUUAGUUGUACUUGUCAUCCCGGUUAUACCGGUUAUUUGUGUCAAUAUCAAAUCAAUGAAUGUGAAUCGAAUCCGUGUCAAUAUGGUGGUUUAUGUCAAGAUUUGGUUAAUGGUUAUCAAUGUUUGUGUAAAGCGGGAACAUCAGGACCGAAUUGUGAAAUCAAUGUUAAUGAAUGUUACAGUAAUCCGUGUAGGAAUAAUGCAAGAUGUGUGGAUGGAAUCAAUAGUUAUAACUGCGAGUGUAUUCCGGGAUUCACCGGCAAACAUUGCGAGAAUGACAUUGAUGAAUGUGCAUCAAAUCCAUGCGCGAAUGGGGGCGUCUGUAUUGACAUGAUCAACGGUUUUCGAUGCGAAUGCCCUCGAGGCUAUUACGAUGCACGUUGUCUUAGUGAUGUUGAUGAAUGCAAUUCGAACCCUUGUAAACAUGGGGGUAGUUGCGAAGAUGGCGUCAAUCAAUUCAUCUGUCAUUGUCUCCCCGGUUACAGUGGUAAACAAUGCGAAAUCAAUAUUGAUGAAUGUGCUUCGAAUCCUUGUCAACACGGUGGCAUUUGUCACGAUCAUCUCGCCUCCUAUACAUGUGAAUGUCUACCCGGUUACACCGGAAUCAACUGUGAAACGAAUAUCGAUGAUUGUGCAAUAAAUCCAUGCAAAAAUCGUGGUACUUGUAUCGAUCAAGUCAAUGAUUAUAAAUGUGUUUGUGAAUUGCCAUUUACUGGAAGAAAAUGUGAGGAUAAGUUGGAUCCAUGUACACCGAAUCGAUGUAGACAUAAUGCGAAAUGUACACCAAGUUCGAAUUAUAAGGAUUUUGCAUGUACGUGUAGUGGGGGCUAUACGGGAAGGUUCUGUGAUCAAGAUGUCGAUGAAUGUGUGGUGUCAAAACCGUGCAGAAAUGGGGCCACGUGUAAGAAUACCAAUGGGUCGUAUCAUUGUAUCUGUGCUCUGGGAUAUGAAGGAAAAGACUGUAGUAUCAAUACGGAUGACUGUGCUUCACAUCCGUGUCAGAAUGGGGCAACAUGUCUUGACGAUAUUGGGGACUACACCUGUCUUUGUGUCAACGGUUUUGAAGGUAAACAAUGCGACAUCGAUAUCGACGAAUGCCUCUCGAAUCCGUGUCAAAACGGUGCAACUUGUAAUCAAUACGUCGAUUCAUAUACUUGUACAUGUCCAUUGGGUUUUUCUGGGAUAAAUUGUCAAACAAAUGAUGAAGAUUGUACCGAAACAAGUUGUAUGAAUGGUGGUACAUGUAUUGAUGGUAUAAAUUCGUACACAUGUACCUGUAAACCAGGUUAUACUGGUUCAAAUUGUCAAAAUCGUAUCAAUUUAUGUGAUAGUUCACCGUGUUUAAAUGGGGCUACAUGUCAAGAUCAUACAACACACUAUACGUGUCAUUGUCCAUAUGGAUACACGGGGAAAGAUUGUGGAGAGUAUGUUGAUUGGUGUUCGACGAAUCCUUGUGAAAAUCAAGCGACUUGUGUACAAAACAAAAACCAAUAUCAAUGUAUUUGUGGUGUUGGAUGGACUGGUAAAGUAUGCGAUGUUGAAAUGGUCAGUUGUAAAGAUGCAGCUUUACGUAAAGUUGUACCAUUGAAGAAAUUGUGUAAUAAUGGUACAUGUGAAGAUAUAGGAAAUUCACAUCGUUGUCAUUGUUCAGAUGGCUAUACUGGAUCAUAUUGUCAAAAAGAAAUCAACGAAUGUGAUUCAGCACCGUGUCAAAAUGGUGCAACUUGUCUCGAUUUGAUUGGCUCCUAUUCGUGUAAAUGUCCAAAAGGUUUUCAAGGUCAAAAUUGUGAAUUAAAUGUCGAUGAUUGUAAACCAAAUCCAUGUCAAAAUGGUGGUACAUGUCAUGAUUUAGUUAAUAGUUUUUCAUGUAGUUGUCCAUCGGGUACACUUGGUUACAUUUGUGAGAUUAAUGUUGAUGAUUGUCGUCCAGGGGCGUGUCAUAAUAAUGGUUCUUGUAUUGAUAAAGUUGGUGGUUUUGAAUGUAAAUGUCCUCCAGGUUUUGUUGGUCCACGAUGUGAAGGUGAUAUCAAUGAAUGUCUUUCAAAUCCUUGUUCGAAUGCUGGUACUCUAGAUUGUGUUCAAUUAGUUAAUGAUUAUCAUUGUAAUUGUAAAUUGGGUUUUAUGGGACGACAUUGUGAAAGUAAAGUUAAUUUCUGUGCAACUUCACCGUGUCAAAAUGGUGGUGUUUGUACAACGAUUCAUGCCGGUCAUAAAUGUACAUGUCCUGAAGGUUUCUAUGGGAAAAAUUGCGAAUUUAGUGGUUAUGAUUGUGAUUCGAAUCCAUGUCAAAAUGGUGGUGUUUGUCGUAUCUCAGAUGGCGGUGGUUACAUCUGUGAUUGUCCAAUUGGUACAAAUGGUACCAACUGUGAAAUUGAUACAAACAAUGAAUGUGAUAGUAAUCCAUGUAAACAUAUUGAUGCUAUAUGUCAGGAUAAACUAGGUGAUUAUGCUUGUUAUUGUCCACCGAAACAUACCGGCAAAAAUUGUGAAAUUUACGAUCGGGCUUUCCCCGGUGGUCUAGGACGUGCAGUCAUACCAACACUUGAUGUUACAAGUUACUAUGCUAAAGAUUUAGAAAAACAACGACAACAAUGUAAUCAAAAUAAAUGUCCAGUGAAACGUGGUAAUGGACGUUGUGAUGAAGAAUGUAACACUUAUGCGUGUGAAUUUGAUGGGAAUGAUUGUUCAUUAGGGAUUAAUCCUUGGGCGAAUUGUACAGCGUCGACUAGAUGUUGGGAAGUUUUCAUGGAUGGGAUUUGUAAUGAAGAUUGUAAUAAUCCCGAGUGUCUUUUCGAUGGACGUGAUUGUGAAAAAUCACUACAACCAUGUAAUCCCAUUUACGACGCCUACUGUCAGAAACACUACGCAAAUGGAUUGUGUGAUUAUGGGUGUAAUAAUGCGGAAUGUAAUUGGGAUGGGUUAGAUUGUGAGAAGGCACCACCUGAAUUAGCCGAAGGUGUUAUUUCGAUGAUUAUUCUCAUGGAUAUGCAAGGUUUUCGGAAGAAUUUAGUCGCAUUUUUACGUGAUACGAGCCACCAAUUACGUACAAAUGUACGAGUGAAAAAAGAUCAAGAAGGUCGCGAUAUGAUUUACCCGUGGAUGGGUUCAGAACCCAGCAAUUUUGACAGUUACUAUACCAGAAAACAUCAUGUAAAAUACACUGAACAAACACAAAGUGGUGUCAUAGUCUACUUGGAGAUUGAUAACCGAAAAUGUACGACAAUAUCCGAUAGUAGUGAGAGUUGUUUUCAAACUGCAAGUGCCGCAGCUGAAUUUCUCGCUGCUAAAGCCUCUAAACACACUCUUAGUCAAUCAUUUCCCAUUUAUCAAGUUAACGGUUCUAGUGGAAUAAUUGACGAUCUAGACACGCCCACUAAUGCAAAAUAUGUCGUCCUUGGAUUUAUAAUAGUGUUUGCAUUUAGUGCCGCAAUUGCAGUGAUUGUAACAACGCAACGUAAACGUGCUAGUGGUAUCACAUGGUUUCCAGAAGGUUGGUCAUUGGCUAAUAGUGGACCACGUAGGCGGAGUCGUCGACGUGGUCCUGAAGGACAAGAAUUACGUAAUAUGGGUAAACAUCCAUCGGUACCACUUGAAAUUGAUAAUCAUGGACAAGGUCAUGUACCACAAUGGUCAGAUGAUGAUUCCGAUAUGCCACAACCGAAACGUUUUCGUGGUCUUGAAACGGGUUAUGCAAGUGAUCAUACUGGUAUUACGGAUUAUGAAGAGGCGGAGCCAAGGGUGUGGUCACAACAACAUUUAGAAGCAGCUGAUGUUAAACCAAUUUCGAUGUUAACACCACCACAAGGUGAUGUGAGUGAUGUUAAUGCACGUGGACCAUGUGGUAUGACACCCAUUAUGGUAGCAUCGACACGUGGUGGUGGUAUGGAUACCGGUGAAGAUGAUGAAGAUGAUUCAGCAGGGGCGGUGAUUCAGGAUUUAGUAGCACAAGGGGCGGAGUUAAAUGCAACAAUGGAUAAAACUGGUGAAACAUCACUUCAUUUAGCUGCAAGAUAUGCACGUGCUGAUGCUGCAAAACGCCUACUUGAUGCUGGUGCUGAUGCUAAUGCACAAGAUAAUACAGGACGAACGCCACUGCAUGCAGCAGUGGCGGCGGAUGCAUUAGGAGUUUUCCAGAUUUUAUUACGUAAUCGUGCAACUAAUCUCAAUGCUAGGAUGCAUGAAGGGACAACACCUUUAAUACUAGCAGCAAGGCUAGCAAUUGAAGGAAUGGUUCAAGAUUUAAUUAGUGCUGAAGCUGAUAUUAAUGCAGCUGAUAAUUCAGGAAAAACAGCACUUCAUUGGGCCGCUGCUGUAAACAAUGUCGAAGCGGUGAAUGUACUAUUAGCACAUGGAGCCAAUCGUGAUGCACAAGAUGAUAAGGACGAAACACCAUUGUUUCUUGCAGCGAGAGAAGGAUCAUAUCAAGCUUGUAAAGCACUACUCGAAGCUUAUGCUAAUAGGGAAAUCACCGAUCAUAUGGAUAGAUUACCACGAGAUGUCGCUAGUGAACGUUUACAUCAUGAUAUAGUACGACUUUUGGAUGAACAUGUACCAAGAAGUCCACAAAUGGUCAAUGUGAUUCCCAAUAGUUCGAUGAUGACGUCACCUAGUGGUCAAUUACAGUUACAACAACCGACUGUUAUUGUACCAAAACGUCAAAAAUCAAAACGGCCGAGUAAAAAUAAUAACACAUCGUUAGAUCCGACAAGUCCCGAAAUGGAAACGAUCAAUACUGGAAGUAUUCGACGUAAAGCAAGUGUGAAAAAAUCAAAGAAACCAACACAACAACAACAACAGCAACAACAACAACAAGAAAUUCCCCAAAGUGUUGAUUCGAUAACUUCAACUUUAAGUCCUGUUGAAUCACCAAUGACAAAUUUGCCCAGUCCUUAUGACACUGCAUCAAUUUACUCAAAUAUGGGUUUAACACCUCAAGGACUUGAAUCUUUAAUCAAUAAACAACCACCGAGUUAUGAAGAUGUUGUCAAGAAUAAUUUACACGGUCUAGUAGGCUUGGAAAACUAUUCAUUUAAUUUGGGUAAUUUCCAUUUCCAACAUCAAUUGCAACAAGCCAAUACUUUAAGCCCGCCCUAUUCGAAUCAAUCUCCGCCUCAUUCCGUGCAAUCAAAUAUGUCGUUAUCGCCUCAAGGUUAUAACGGUUCCCCUUCUCCGGCAAAGACACGCCCCUCGCUUCCCACAAGCCCCACCCAUAUAGCAGCAAUGCGUGCCGCUACCCAACAGAAACAUGGGGGCGUGCCACAAGCACAGAAUUUGCAAAUGGGCUUUGAUUUCAGUCAAACGGGAUUGGAGAUGCCGAUGGCAUCGUAUCCCGGAUUGGUUAAUGGAAAUUUACAAUUUCAACAGCAACAACAACAACAGAAUUAUUAUUUGACUCCGCCCUCGCAACAUUCCGAUCUCUUACCGGAUAAUUUUCCAACGCCGAGUCCGGAAAGUCCGGGUCAUUGGUCGUCGAGUUCGCCCCGGAGUUGUAAUUCGGAUUGGUCGGAGAAUGUAGCCAGUCCGAAUACUACAUAUGGGGCUGGACAUCAGACUAAUAAAGGCUCGGAUGCGAUUUAUAUUUGAGAGAGAUGAAUUAUUAUGCCAAAAUUUACUAAAUACGUGCCUUGAAUGGUUGUUAUUGUAAGAUUUUUAUAACAAUGUACAUAUCUUUAUUUUUAUUAUUAUUAUUAAUUAUUAUUCGUAAAAAAGAGACACAACUUAAGCUCCAAUCACAUGACAUUCGAUUAUUUAGGAUUUUUUAUUUUAGUAAUUCUCAUUUAGUUAGCGUGUCUGUGAUUCAGAUAUUAGAGAGAGAGAAAAAAAUAAAGGUUCGCUCGCUCGCUCAAAGAGGGCGUACGUAUCGUAAUUUUUGACAAUUUUAUAAGACAAUAUAUUUUAGAAUUGUUAAUAUUUUUGAUAAAGAUAUUUAGGUAAUUUUUUAAACCAGUUUUUAAGUACAUUCCGUUGUUGGGAUCAAGUUUUAAGCGUCUUUCAAUAGUUGUUUUAAAAAAAAGCCACAAAUUUCUGUAUAUUUAAACCAGUUGGUAAGUUUUUAUUUAUAUAAUUACUUCAUUUUUUUAUUUUUUUUUAAAUAAAGCCUUGUAAAAAGUACUGAUUAGGUCACUAAUGAUGGAUUUAUUUUAAGGUUCUCUUUUUUUUUAGUUGAAACAUAUUGUACUAGUUGUUAAGUAAACGCAAAAAUUGCUUUUGUACUAUAUACAUAAUAAAUUCAUUUUUAUAAAA